UUUCUGCUGCAGACCAAGACUAGGCCACGAUGGCGUCCGUGUUUCGAAGUGAGGAGAUGUGUUUGUCACAGCUGUUUCUGCAGGUGGAGGCUGCGUAUUGCUGUGUAGCUGAGCUCGGAGAGCUCGGAUUGGUUCAGUUCAAAGAUUUAAAUGCAAACGUGAAUAGCUUCCAAAGGAAAUUUGUGAAUGAAGUCAGAAGGUGUGAGUCACUGGAGAGAAUCCUCCGUUUUCUGGAAGAUGAGAUUAAAAAUGAGAUUGCAGUUCAAUUACCUGAGAAGUACCCACCGACGCCUCUCCCACGGGAAAUGAUCACCCUGGAGACUAUUCUAGAAAAACUGGAAGGAGAGUUACAGGAAGCCAACCAGAACCAACAAGCUUUGAAGAAAAGCUUCCUAGAGCUGACAGAACUCAAAUACCUCCUGAAGAAAACCCAGGACUUCUUCGAGACGGAAACGAAUUUAGCUGACGAUUUCUUUACCGAAGACACUUCUGGUCUUCUGGAGUUGAAAGCUGUGCCUGCGUACAUGUCUGGAAAGUUGGGGUUCACAGCCGGUGUGAUAAACAGGGAGAGGAUGGCUUCCUUUGAGCGGCUGAUGUGGCGAGUUUGCCGAGGAAACAUCUACUUGAAGUUCAGUGAGAUGGACACAGCUCUGGAGGAUCCCGUCACGAAAGAAGAAAUUAAAAAGAAUAUAUUCAUCAUAUUUUAUCAAGGAGAGCAGCUCAGGCAGAAAAUAAAGAAGAUCUGUGAUGGGUUUCGAGCCACCGUAUACCCCUGCCCAGAGGCUGCGCCGGAACGCAGAGAGAUGUUGGCUGGUGUCAACAUGCGGCUAGAAGAUCUAAUCACUGUCAUAACACAAACAGAGUCGCAUCGCCAGCGCCUGCUGCAGGAAGCAGCUGCCCACUGGCACACCUGGGCCAUCAAAGUGCAGAAGAUGAAGGCCAUCUACCACAUCCUGAACAUGUGCAACAUUGAUGUUACCCAGCAGUGUGUCAUCGCCGAGAUCUGGUUCCCGCUGGCAGACACUGGACGCAUCCAGAGGGCACUAGAGCAAGGCGUGGAACUUAGUGGCUCCUCCAUGGUCCCCAUCAUGACCACAGUGCAAUCUAAGACACCCCCUCCCACGUUUAACAGGACCAAUAAAUUCACAGCUGGCUUCCAGAAUAUUGUUGACGCGUAUGGCGUAGGCAGUUACCGGGAGAUAAACCCAGGCCAGAUCUGGAACACCUUCUUCCACGGGCGCUACCUGAUCCUGCUCAUGGGCAUCUUCUCCAUCUACACGGGCCUGAUCUACAACGACUGCUUCUCCAAGUCUUUCAACAUCUUUGGCUCUUCCUGGAGUGUCCAACCCAUGUUCAGAAAUGGCACAUGGAAUACUCAGGUAAUGGAGACAAGUCCAUAUUUACAGCUGGACCCAGCCAUGCCAGGAGUGUAUUCUGGAAAUCCAUACCCAUUUGGGAUUGAUCCGAUCUGGAACUUGGCUUCGAACAAACUCACAUUUUUGAACUCCUAUAAAAUGAAGAUGUCGGUUAUCCUGGGAAUUGUCCAGAUGGUUUUCGGUGUUAUUCUCAGCCUUUUCAAUCACAUAUACUUCAGAAAAACUGUCAACAUCGUUCUGCAAUUUAUCCCUGAGAUGAUUUUUAUCCUGUGUCUGUUUGGAUACCUGGUGUUCAUGAUCAUUUUUAAAUGGUGCCACUAUGACGCCCACGUGUCCCAGCGUGCUCCGAGCAUCCUGAUCCACUUCAUCAACAUGUUUCUGUUUAACUACGAGGACGCUUCGAAUGCAGCGCUCUACAAACACCAGCAAGAAGUCCAAAGUUUCUUUGUCAUUAUGGCUUUGAUUUCUGUGCCAUGGAUGCUUCUGAUUAAGCCGUUUGUUCUUAGAGCCAAUCAUCGGAAAUCCCAGCUGCAGUUAUCCAUGAGCCAAGCAGAUGCUGCGGAGGACAUUGAAGGUCACAGCUCUGGCCCUUCCAGCACUUCUGGUCAAAGUACUUCAGCAGGUGCCCACGGGGCCCAGGACGACCACGAGGAAGAGUUCAACUUCGGAGACGUCUUUGUCCAUCAGGCCAUCCACACCAUCGAGUACUGCCUGGGUUGCAUUUCCAACACAGCCUCCUACCUCCGGCUCUGGGCCCUCAGCCUGGCACACGCAC